AGAAAAAACAUUUAAUGAUGCAAUGUCUUGAAUUUUCCAAUAGCAAAAGUUCUGUGUACGUGUCAACAAAUUCAUUUUUGACGUUUUCAUUUUGUAGUUUGCAUAAUUGGAAGUGAAAUACAAAUUCAAACGCCUCACAGUACGAUGAAGACAUGACUCUGAGUCAGCUAAGAGACGCAGAACACAACCACACAAUCAACCAACUCACUGCAGAAAUCAAAAGACUUAAGAUGGAGAAUACACGUUUGAACUCUGACCUCAUAAAAAUGGGAAUUCAUCGACCUGCAUCAGCCAAUGACAUUCUGAAUGAUAACUCCGAAAAAGUGGACCACUUUUGUGAGAACUGGCCGUCGGCAGGUGUCGCCACAUCAAACACCACCAGACGAUCUUACGAUGCCCUCUCGACAGCUAACAACAACCAACACAACGAAAACGAACCUUCAAUUGCCUGCCAAACGUCAAAACCCACUGAUCAAAAAGUUUUUCUGAACGGUCGCAUCAUAAUGAGUCACAGCACGAACUUGCAGCAGAUCUUCAGAAACCACGCUGAGUUCGCGUUCGCUAAUGGAUUGGAGAACAAAGAGGCAAAUUCGGUCACUGUGAAAGUUGGGACUGGUGAAUUACACGAUAAAGAUCUACCAAAAGAAAAAAAUAGAGAACCCCAGACAAAGCAGCACACAACACAAAAUCAUCAACUAAACUUAGAAAAUCAACUUCAAAAAUUUUCCCAUCUCUUUAAUUCAAAAGCACAACAUGUUGUUGAAACUAUACUCAACUC